AUGGACCACGAAGACGACAAGGCUCCGUCGCGCGCCAAGACCUACAUGCGCGAUUUCAACUCGUUUCUUGGCAAGAGAAAGUACCACAAGGACAUCUUGGGGCCAUCGGACAGCCCGACGACACGGGAGGGCACAGUGGUCCACACAAGGGAACCUCGGCGCGCCUACGACCCUGAUAUUGACCAGCCCAUCUUCCCGCCUGGCUCAGAGGUCCCCUCGUGGCACACGGCUGGUGCUAGUAAGGACAACUGGUGGGUUGACGGUGCCGAAGGACGGAAUAUGCGGGCGAAACCUGGCGUGGCAGCCAUCUUCAUCCAUGCGGGAGCUGGGUACCACAGCACUGCCAACGAGCGCCUUCACCUGGAUGCCUGCAGCGAUGCUGCUCGCGCUGCUAUGAAGCUCCUCAAGCUCGGAGCGCCAGCCACUGAAGGCGUUGAGGCAGCCAUCAAGAUCCUCGAGGACAAGGAGAUCACCAACGCUGGAUUCGGCAGCAAUCUGGCGAUCGAUGGAACUGUGGCGUGUGAUGCAACCAUUGUCGAUCAUCAUGGCCGCAGCGGUGCUUGCGGCGCCGUCCCGAACAUCAAAAACCCCAUCAGCCUGGCCAAGAUGAUACUUGAUGAGAGUCACAAGCCACUCAGUCUUCGACGUGUUCCUCCCAACCUCCUUGUUGGUAAGGGCGCCAAGGACUUUGCACAUGAGCAUGGGAUGCCUUUGGUACCUAACGAAUGGCUUGUGUCUCGCAAUGCCAGAGACCGUUUUAUGAAGUGGAAGGAGGACCUGGACCGCGUUGAUGCAAAAACCUCCGUCACACCCAAUACUGUGAAGAUUAUGGCGGCUCCGGAUCGACAGGAGGACGCUCGCCCGAAAAACCAGCGUGACCACACAAAUGCCAUUCUGACGGGUACUUGGAACGAGGGGCAGCCAGACUCUCCUGCUCAAGCCAACACGCCAGCGGUAAACGACGCGCCACUUGCCAGUGCCAGCCCUCUCAAAGCUGGAUCCCCUGUGUCAUCGAACACGUCUCCUGGCCCGAGAACACCCCGGCCUAGUGAACGCAGCCCCUUGAGCUUUCUUGGAGCCUUGACCAGCCCUCGAGCCUCCAACACUGUGCCCCCUAGAUCGGGAUCACCCACGUCGAAGAAAGCCCGACAUAAGAGUGGAAUGACACCCGACGCCAACAUACAUGACGCUUCCUUUCGUGAUGAGACGAACACGCGCGAUGGGGCGAGUUCGCCAAUCUCACCGUCCUCUCCUUCUCAUGCCGCCGCUAGUGUCCAACCCGAUCCCAUUCAUUUAAGCAGCCCUCUGGGGGAUGACAUGUACCGUGGAAACGAGGACAUAAUCACUGACACAGUUGGUGCGAUCGCCAUCGACCAGUACGGCAACAUGGCUGCAGGCUCCUCGUCUGGCGGCAUUGGCAUGAAGCAUCGCAGCCGUGUCGGACCAGCCGCGCUGGUAGGCAUCGGCACGGCCAUCAUCCCGGCCAACAGCCAGGAUGACGAUCGUAUGGUGGUGGGUGCAGUCACCAGCGGCACAGGCGAGCAUAUGGCCACGACACAGGCCGCUCAGAAAUGCGCCGAACGCCUCUACCACGGAACUCGACGUGGCGAGGGUGGCGCCGACGUUGAGGAGUCCGAGGAGAGUUUCAUCAUGGAAAGCUUUAUUAUCAACGAUUUUCAGAACCAUCCGGGCGUCCUCAACUCGUCAUCGGCCAGCGCCAUUGGCGCCAUGGCCCUCAAGCAGACCAAGAAGGGCUACUAUCUUUACUUUGCCCACAACACGGACAGUUUUGCACUGGCCAGCAUGUGCAGCAGCGAUAGACAGCCCCACUGUGUCAUGAGCAGACUGCCGGAUGGCUGCGCUGGAGUUGCGCAAGGCGCCAGGAAGAUUGGGGCGGCAUGA